AUGUUAUAUAAUAAUACAUAUUAUUUUCAAUUUUUUCAAAUAUUUAAUCUUUCUUCAUCCUUUUUCGCCAUCAUUAUUUCUCGAAAUCUAUUUUUAAGAAGACUAAUCUUUUAAAUUUAAGAUACUUGCUUUUUACUUUCAAUUAUUAUGAUUUUGUAUUUUUGUUUAGACUUUUAUAAAAAAUUAAAAUAAAUUACUAAAAAAAAUUGGUAAGAAUAAAUUGUUUUAAUUAAAAAUUAUAUUUAAAAUUAAAAAAUAAAAAAAAUAAAAAUAUAAUAAAAAAGAAAAAUAAAUCAUAUAAAAAAUAUAAAAAGCUAAUAAAUAAAUUAUUUGAGUUAUAUUGUUUUAAAUUCAUUUUUAUAAUGA